AUGUGUUUUAUAAAUUACAUUCUUCAUUAUGAUUUUAUCGAAUUCUGAAAUACUCUCUAUUUUUUUUUUUUUUUUUUUUUUGUAUACAGUAUGGGCAUGAAAUACUCGGUAAUUAACCCCAAUCAAAUAGAUCCUAAAAUUCCAUGGCUUGGCGUCUCCUCCUUCACAAAACACAUGGACCCAACUCCUCUCUCGCCAAAACCCUAGCACUAUCCCUAGCUCCUCUGCCUUCGUUACGCCCACUCCCUAACCCUAACCCUAACACCUCUAAGCAAUUGCUCAGCUCUUCAUUCUCCACCUCCUUCCUGGUCACCAAAACCCCCAAAAAAUUCAAGAAAAAACGCACAAAGAAAGAAAGUCCCCGCACCCAACUGGUUCAAUCGGAGCCCAAUCGCAUUUCUCACUUAGAGCACAUCGUCGAGCGCGACGCCUUCUUACGAUUCGUUACCAAGUCCAAGGACUUCCUCUCCAAGCAGCCCGAACAUGUCCUUCGCCUCGACGAUGCUGGCAAGCUCCACCGGGAGCUCGGCUUCCCGGGCCGCAAGGUCUCCCGCUUCAUCGAGAAAUACCCUUUGCUCUUCCAGGCCUACCGCCACACUGAUGGCAAAAUGUGGUUCGGGUUCACGGAGCUCAUGGAGGACUUGCUCGAAGAGGAGCGAGCGAUCGCGGACUCGAUGGAGGUCGAUAGGGUCAAUAUCGUGCGCAAGUUGCUCAUGAUGUCCGCAAAUAAGCGUAUUCCAUUGAGCAAGAUCUACCAUUGUAGGUCGUUGUUUGGUAUACCGGAGGAUUUUCGGGACCGGGUAGCCAAGUAUCCGAACUAUUUUCGGAUUAUAGUUGAGGGAGAUGGAAAGAGAGUGCUUGAAUUGUUGAAUUGGGACCCAUUGCUGGCAGUGAGUGCGUUAGAGAGGGAAUUUAUAGUCGACGAGGAUAAGGUUAAGAGGGCGUUUAAGUUUCCAGUGAAGCAUGGAAAGGAUCUGGAUUUGGACGAGGACGAUACAAGGAAGCUCAAUUUCUUGAACACGCUUCCGCUGGUGUCGCCCUACUCGGACGGGUCGAGAUUGGAUCUUUGGACGUUGGAGGCGGAGAAGUAUAGGGUCGGGGUUUUGCACGAGUUCUUGAGCUUGACAUUGGAGAAGAGGGCUUCUAUACAUCACGUUGUGGAGUUCAAAGAGGAGUUGAGCUUAAAUAAGCAUACUUACCGGAUGCUUUUGAAGCAGCCGAGGACAUUUUAUUUGGCGGGAACGGAGAUGAACUGGGUUGUUUUCUUGAAAGACGCGUAUGAUGAAAAUGGGGUUUUGAUCAAGAAGGACCCGCAGGUGGUUUUCAACGAGAAACUCUAUAAACUUGCUCAAAUGCGCGAACUGGAGCCGGGUUUUGGUAUUGAGAAGAGAUGAUUUAGGGAUGGACAAUCUGAUUUUCGUUUGCUGAAUCAGUCUGUAAUGGCCUGUUCUUAGUUUUGUUUGGUGAAUUAGUCUGUGAUGGGUUGAAUGGCUCGGCUAGGGGGGAUAGCCGAGCCAGAACAGAGGCAUCUAGAGGUCGUUAAGGCCGUUCUUAGGCCCUCCUACCGUUGUGGCCUAUCACUCUUCACACAAGGAUAAUUACGGCAGAUCACAUUGUAGAUACGUGAGGUAUCUUGGAUUGAUACUUGACAUCUUUGUGUUGUGUUCUUGUACCAAUCUUUUGGAAAAUAUAUGGCAUUUCUUAUUUAUAUA